AAUCCUCAGGGCUUAAAUUUGUUGACGAAGAAAGCAAACAUUAUUAAUGGACCGGCAUUGCAGAAUGUUGCGAUACUUCUUUUGAGUAGCAAAGAGUUUAUACAAAGUGUUUUUUCAUGGUUGACAGUCCCAAGAGUAG